AUGCCCGACAUACAUCUCGCCGUCCUCAUCCACGGCUUGCACGGCAAUCCUGGCAACCUCGCGCAAUGCGAGAUCGAGCUCGUUAAAGCUCAUCAGGAAAAGCGAUCUCAAUCGAAACAGGGGAACGGUAGCGAUCUGGACCUACAAGUAUUCAUCCCUUCGACUUUUCCCGGCACCUUGACUUUCGACGGAGUGGAAUUGUUGGCAAUCAGGGUGGCGGACGAGCUGGAUAAGAAGAUUGAAAGGAUUGGAAGUCAAGGAGGCGAUGUCAAAGCUAUUACCAUAAUGGGCUAUUCUCUCGGAGGCUUGAUCGCCCGGUAUUUGAUCACCCUUCUUGACUCAAGAACACCUUCAUUCUUUGAGAGACAUGAGCCGAUACAUUUCUCUACUAUCGCGACACCUAACCUCGGCAUGCCGCGAUACGGCACCAAGUUCUCUACGAUAAAACACCUUGUCGGGGGACACAUGUUCUCUCAAACAGGCGCCGAACUGUUCUCAUGGGAUCAUUAUAGCGAACAAGAUCCUCGCUCGUUGUUGGAAGUUAUGAGCGAUCCCACUCGACCGUUCAUGCAAACUUUGCGCAAAUUCCCAAAGGUUCAGAUCAUAGCGAACGGAUGUCACGACCUGACGGUCUCCUAUCCUACGGCGGCUAUCACCGAGACCGACCCGUUCGACAGUUUCGAGACGACCGGAAUCAGGAUUAAGACUGACGAGAACAGCGUGGUCAAAUCUUGGUCGUUCCCCUCGCCUGAGGCUGAAGGGGAGGGGGAAGACGAGACGGAUACUCUGGUCAAGACGAGAUCGGGGCAGAAGGGGCUACGCAAACGGCCCAGUCGACCGCCUUUUCUGGAAUUUCGAUUCCCCUUCAACUACCUCGCAAUCCCUUUGAUCCCGAUCGUCGCGACAUUCUUCGUCAUAUCUGCUUUCAUUACACUUACGAUACAGCGCUUCAGAUCAAGCAAACGAAUCAGACGAUAUCGUUCGAGUCGCAACAACCUUGCUGUUAGGAUAUCUCAGUCUGUGAGCGACGGUGUCGAACGAGCCGGAGAUUUCCUCCAAGAACAGGUCAACGGUGACUGGAACGGGGACGAUUUCCCGGUUCGAGGCAAGGCGGCCAAGUUGCUUUUGACCGAAGCGCAGAAGACAAUGAUUAGGAAUUUCAACCAAUACCUCCCACAGCUCGAGAGGAUCGUCGUCUGGUAUCCAUACGCGUACAAUUCGCAUGCAACAAUCGUUGUCAGAGACGUGACUCGAUUCCCAUCUCAUGAAGAUGGCCGAGGUGGUCUCAAAGUCUGGGCGAAAUCGAUUGUCGAUGCAGUAUAA